AUUCUGUCAGUUAUUAAGGACAAAUGUACCUUAUAAUAGCUCAUGGAAGAGAAAACACAUUUCAAGACGUUUUUGGGUUCAAAAUUGCCGAAGUAUGGAACAAAAUCUGUAAGAAGUACACUGCAGCCGAUGCCAAAUGGGACACCUGCUAACUUACCAGGAGUUUCUAAGAGUAGUGCUAUCAAAAGUUACAUAAAAAAUAAUGGCUCAGAUUGUCCAUUGUCCCAUUCAUUUAACUGGAGAAAGGAAAAUAAAUACCUACUCAGCGAACAAAGUGCUGGAAAGCCUAAUGAUAUUCAGAAUUCUCAUGAUAAAUUAAUUGAUCCUAAAAAACAUGCUCCUUCUCAAGGAACAUUUGACAAAAGUAGGAUAAAAGGAGGUUUAAAAGGUGUUUCUGUACUCACAUCGAAAGUAGCAAAGCCAUCCACUAUGUUUGUAUCAUCUGCAGAGGAGUUAAACCAGAGGUCUUUGGCUGGACCAUCUAAUUUGGGUAGAUUCACCAAAGGUACAUUUUUAGGAAGGACGUCAUAUUCUUCAGUCAGUGCUCCAAAAUCACAGUUGAAUGGAUUUUAUGGAAAUAGGUCAGUUGCUAGCAUGCAAAGGCCUAGAGCAAACUCAUGUGCCACCAGAAGCAGUUCUGGAGAAAGCUUAGCACAAUCCCCAGACAAUAUUAAAUCUGUUACUUGUGAAAAAAUGGUAAGGUCACAAAGUUUUUCACAUUCCAUUCAGAAUUCAUUCCUUCCACCUUCAUCUAUAACCAGAUCACAUUCCUUCAACCGAGCUGUAGAUCUUCCUAAGCCUUAUCAAAACCAACAGCUACACAUUAGAGUGCCUCUAAGGUCAAGUAUACUAACAAGAAAUUCCCAGCAGUCAGAAGGACUCAAUGGUAAUGAAAAUUUAGGGUAUGGAUUUAAUAGACCUUAUCCUGCUGGUAGAAAGAAGUUGAGUUUAUUGAAUGGCCCUGGUGUAACUUCCACUUUGGGUUAUAGGAUGGUUCAUCCUUCUUUACUGAAAUCUAAUAGACCUCCAUUUGCUGGGAGUAUCACAGUUGAUGGUAAUAAAAAUGCACCUGAUGACAAGUUUGUAGAGGAACAUGCUACAGUUUUGGCUAAUGAAAGAGCUACUAAUAAGGACCAAAAAGUAAUUGAAAAUGAUAGUUAUAGAACAGAAAAUGACCAGACCGUGAAAAAUGAUUUGAAAAUUAGAUAUCUAAGUGAUGAUGUGGAUGAUAUUUCCUUGUCUUCUUUGUCAUCUUCUGAUAAGAAUGAUUUAAGUGAAGACUUUAGUGAUGAUUUUAUAGAUAUUGAAGACUGUAACAGAACUCAGAUAACUCCAGAGGAAAUUUCUGUCAAAGAAGAAAAGCAUGAAAAUGUACCACCAAAUGAUAUAUUUGAUUCUCCCAAGGAAAAUGAAAAGUCUUUCAAUAAAACUGAUGGAUGGAUAGACAUGAGUGUGUCUGAUAGGAGUGAAUGUACAAAGCAUACUUCUGGGAAUAACUUGAUUUCACCAGAUACAGAUUUCAGAGUUGGUUCUUCCUUUGAACUCUCUCCGUCUGAUAGCUCUGAUGGAACAUACAUGUGGGAUGAAGAGGGCUUGGAGCCCAUUGGAAAUGUGCAUCCGGUUGGGAGCUAUGAGUCCUCUGAGAUGAACAGCAUAGAUAUUCUGAAUAAUCUUGAAUCAUGUGACCUUGAGGAUGAUGACCUUAUGCUUGAUGUGGAUCUGCCUGAGGACACACCUGUUGAAAAUGUGGAGUGUGACAAUAUGAAGCGCUUUGACCGAUCAGAUAGAAAUGUUCGGCAGUCUCAGGAAGGAUUUUGGAAAAGGCCACCCCAGAGGUGGAAUGGACAAGAACACUACCACCUCAGCCAUCCUGAACACUAUCAUCACCAUGGAAAAAGUGACUUGAGCAAAGGCCCUCCCUAUAGAGAAUCUUCUUUGGGUCAUUUUGAAAGCUAUGGAGGGACCCCCUUUUUCCAGGCUCAGAAAAUGUUUGCUGAUGUACCAGAAAAUACCGUAAUACUGGAUGAAAUGACCCUCCGGCACAUGGUCCAGGACUGCACUGCUGUAAAAACUCAGUUACUGAAACUGAAACGUCUGUUGCAUCAUCAUGAUGGAAGUGGUUCCUUGCAUGAUAUUCAACUCUCAUUGCCAUCUAGCCCGGAACCAGAAGAUAGUGAUCAGAUAUAUAAGAAUGAAGAUUUAUUAAAUGAAAUAAAGCAACUUAAAGAGGAAAUAAAGAAAAAAGAUGAAAAAAUCCAACGAUUAGAACAUCAACUUGCAGCUCGGUGUAACUGCCACCAAAAAUCCAAAGAGGAAAAAUGCACUUAUGCUGAUAAAUAUACCCAAACACCCUGGAGAAGAAAUUCUCCUCAAGUACUACAGCCUUCCAGCAGCCUUCCCAGACCCACAGACCACACCCAGGGAAAACUAAUAAAGCUGCAGCGUACCGAGGCCCACAGUGAAUGUGCUCCCCAGAGCACCCAUCAGAGAGUUACGCAUCUGGACAAAAGCUUUACGCAUGGCUGGCAACAAGAAAGCAAGUACAGUCUAGAUGACCUGCCUUUCUUGUCAAGCCCACAAUUCACUACAGACAUGGCUAAUAGUAUGUCUUCUGAAGCAAACUUGAAAAUACCUGUAAAUGCUCCAGAGCCUUAUCAUUUGGCGAAUAACAACGUAAGUGAUGUGCAGUUUGUACCCACUUCUCUGCCGACACCCCCCCAAUCAAGUACAGCAGACCAAGCUAAGAGAGUUAUAAGAAAUCAGCCUUCACCAGUGGGCUACAUGUCUCAGCCCAAGGCCUUGCAACUUAUAAAGCCAUCCAUCCUGAAUUCUUUGGUAACUCCUCCAGUCUCUGAAUCAUCUCCAAGUAAGACUGCCACUUGUAAGAAGUCACCAAUAAUCACACUGUGUAAUUCAUCAAAACUUCAGCCACCAUCUAGUCAGACAAAUCUUACAAAUAAUCCUAAUCUGAAAGAAUCUAAGCUUCGCCCCCCUUCCAGCUCUUUCAAACAAAAACAAAUAAGUAACCCCCGACUAGAGCCUCAAAACUUCCAGGCCAAGACAAGCAUCCCAAGACCACUAACACGAAGAAAAGAAGUUGUGCAGAUUCUGAAUGACAGUUUUCAUUCUGGGGAUUGUUUGGCCGCUAAUCGAUAUUCUCGUCUUCCUAAACCAAAGAUACAUUAAAUACAUAGCCAUCACGUACCAGUUUGCUUUUGUGAAACAAGCUCAUCUGUCCUUUAUGUGCAUUUUAUUACCAAGGUGGAGGUUCCAUUGAAAGCCUGCAAAUCUUAACUAUUAAAGCAUGGAAUCUUCU